UCCUUUUUUUAAAUAUUGCAGUUAUUGAUUGCUGUGGCUAAUUCCCUGUCAAACAUGAUCUAUUUGUUUUUGCUUUUUAAUGAAUAGCAAGUUAGCUACUACUUCACAUGCCCUUGUUUCCACAGUUAUUAUCAAGUGAUGCAGCUUCUAUUUGCAUUGAAUCCGUCGAUUAAGUGCACGUGACGUGAGACAUGUAGUUGGCACUGCAAGCUAAUCAACUACUGAGUACAAGUGCAUUGCAAAUUGCAAUAUGCUAACAUGAUACAUGAACAUUUCAAAUUCCCCUUUUAAUUUUUCAUGUCUGUCUACAAUUCUCAAUUUCAGGAUUCCUAGUCACUUGCAGAGAAAAUGAAGAGUUCAUAACCAGACACUUACAUUUGAACUUAAAUCUUUUCGAAUGUCCCAUAGUGAAAGGAUGAUCAAGCGCCACUUUAGGGAACAACUAUCCAAGUCCUUUGGGUGUCAAAUUGAUCCUGAAAAAGCUGAAGAACUCAGAAGAACCAAAACAGAUAUUGACAACAACCUCACAAGAAUCCUGAAGCUUGUUAAGAGCGAAGACCAAAGCAAAAAAGACGGGAACUCCAGGAAAGACACAGAACUUGUGGGACUAAUUGAGGACUUCUACAAUCAAUACCAAUCAUUGUAUGGUCGUCUCACUGGAGAGUAUGUGAAAGCAGUUCCUCACAGACUAGAGAGGGUGCAAUCUGUGUCUUCCUCUGGCUCAGAGUCUGACUACUUCUCCUCAGAGGAAUUUGACACUAACACAGAGCUCAUUGACUCAAAACAAAGACGGCGUUCUAGUUUUGCCGGUGCCCUUGAAGCUCUUAGGACACAAGCAUUAACUGAGGAACAUUUAACUACUCAAAAGGAGGUGGAGAGCUUGAACCAGCAGAAAAGGACUCUAGAACUUCAAGUUAAAAGCCAAGCAAAUGAAGUUAAACAGCUAGGGACAAAGAAUGCUGAGCUCUAUGCGCGUGUGGUGGAGCUUGAGUUGAUGUUGAAAGAGAGUAAAAGGAUGUUGAAAGAGAGCAGAGGAGCAGUGUCUGUGUUCCAGGCAAAGCUCAAAAAAAGCGAGGAACAAGCAAUUUCCAAGGUUGCAGAUUUGAUGGCCCGGAUAAACAAGCUCGAACAAGAAGCUAAGUCUCUUCGGACCCAGAAAGCAAGAAUGGAAGAAAAGAUAAAACGCAAUAGAAAUGAAAGUUUAAGCCAAAAGAAGGACCUCACUGACCAACUUAAUGCCAUGCAACAAAAUUUGGAUUCGGUAUGUGAUAAGAACAAAGAGUUGGAAGCUCAACUGGAAAGAGAGAGUGAAAAAGUUUCACAACAGUUGGUUCGGAUAGAAAAUUUGGAGGAGAAUUUAGCUGAGACGAGUUCAGUUGAAGAGUGCCUGCUAAAAGAGAAAGAGUGUUUUCUUGCAAGGAUAAAAGACUUGGAACUGGAAGUGGAAUCUCGACACAGCAAACAACACGAUUUGGAACAGAAGUUAAGAGAUACAAGGUGUGAGAUUAAUCGGGUAGCAUAUGAAGGAAAGGCAGUGCAGGAUAGAAACCAAGAACUAGAAAGGGCAAUGGCACAGAGAGAGGAAGAGAUAUUUGCUCUUUUGAGGGAACAAGAGAGUGGAGCUUCUACAAAGGCUGAUAUUGAUGAUCUGAGACUGGAGUUUGAAACUUUGCAGGAACAGAAAAGCAAGUUGAAGUUACAAAAUGAACAAAGCCAAAAGGAAUGUUCAGAAAGACUAGCCAAGAUGGAGAAUUUGAAUGUCAAGUUAGAAACUCAGGUGGCAGAUCAAGAGGAAACAAUAAAGAAGCUAACAGAAACCAUAGACCAAAUACAUGCAGAAAACAAUCAAGCCAGAAUUUGGUCGAAGAAGUUCAGGUCAUAUCAGCAAUUCACAGAGAGGAAAAUGGACGAACUGACAGAAGAGUUCCGGAGGAAAAUGGAAGACAAUAUCCGCAUAUUGCACCAGAGGAUCCAUGUAGCAGAACAGCUGAACAAUGAAAACAAAGACAGUCACAAAAUGACAAGGCAAAGGUAUGAGCAAGAGAACAAAAUACUUGGAGAGAAAGUUGCUAGUUAUGAAGAUGAAAUUAGAACACUUAAAGCUUCACCAGAAGAGGUUAGUCUAAAUGGGUUAGGAUUGGAAGCUCUAAAUGGGCUAGAUUUUGCUGCUGGGAAGCUUGAAGAAUACAGAGAGUAUGUCCUGAGUCUUGUCUCUAAGAUGAUGAGUGAGGUUCAGUUUGCAAAGGGUUGGGUGAAGAAAAGAAAUGGGGAGAUGAAACAACUGAAAGACAAGGUAGAUCAUCUUACAGUACUGCUGGGGGACAAAGAAGAGCAGGAAGUGUUGUUAAGAGAGAAGGUGUGGGAAUUGGAAGCCAAUGUGAGCAAGGAAGGAGGGCAGAAACUGAACCUGAUGAGAGAAAUAACACAGCUUGAAAGGAAAGUGGGAAAAUUGGAAAAGAAUCUGAAGGAGAAGGAUGAGGAGUUGGUUGUGCUUGGGGAGAAGAAGAGGGAAGCAAUAAGGCAGCUUUGUUUUCUAAUCGAGUUUCAUCGCGAUCGCUGUGUCUAUCUAAAGGAUUUGAUGUUCAAGACCAGGCUCCAUAACAGGAAAUGAGUUUAACAGACGUCUUUGCCUGUAGACCUACCAGGAAAAUAGAAAAACACUUCUUUUCCCCUUUGCCAUUGUUAUCUUUUUUCCCUCAAUGUAAAGUCUCACUGCAUUUGCUAGCCAAAAAGACUGAUUUUGUUAAAGGGGCACCACUUUUAAACACCUCAGUUCUUGCAAGUAACUUACACUUAUUUGUAUUCCUCUUUUCCUUUCUCAUUUUCUCAUUCAUUACAUCAAG